AUGAUGCACGGGAGGAGAACCGCCAUGGCAGUGGCCUGCCUUCUGUGCAUGGUGGCUCUGCUGCUAGUCCAGGAUGUUCAGUCCAGGAAGCUAUUGUGGACGGAGCAGGAGAAGAAGGAAACCCAUGGUGGCCUUGUUGGCAACCAUGGCGCUGCUGGCCGAAGCACCACCCUGGAACCGUGCAGUGACGCUACGGGAAGUGGUACAGGAAGUGCAGACAAGGGCGAACUGUCGUGUGAUGAUACGCCAAAAUGGACAGAGAUGCACACGGAUUACAUAUACACCCAAGACGUCAAGCACCCAUAA